AUGGCUGAGGACGGUUACAAGGUUUCCUUGAAUGUGUAUGACUUAAGUCAAGGACUAGCUCGCCAACUCUCCACGUCAUUUUUGGGAAAAGCAAUUGAAGGCAUAUGGCAUACAGGAGUAGUUGUAUAUGACAAGGAGUACUAUUUUGGGGGUGGUAUACAACAUUCUCUGGUCGGAUCGACACCAUAUGGGACCCCAAUUCGAACGGUGGAUCUUGGGGUCACGCAUGUGCCCAAGGAUGUCUUUGAAAUGUAUUUGCAAGAGAUUGGUCCUCGAUACACAGCAGAAACGUACAGUCUGCUCACUCAUAACUGUAAUAAUUUUAGUAAUGAGGUAGCUCAAUUUUUGGUCGGCGCAACCAUUCCAGACUACAUACUGAACCUCCCCAAUGAAGUUAUGAGCAGCCCCAUGGGUGCUCUUAUAAAUGAUUCUUGUGUGAGAUUCCUUGGAAUUGCUACUGCGGUUGAUGAUUUUGUUGUCACUGUUUGGUUGUUUGACAAAUUGGAGAUGGCUGAGGUUUGUAAUUCCUCUGCUGACGGUUACAAGGUUUCCUUGAAUGUGUAUGACUUAAGUCAAGGACUAGCUCGUCAACUCUCCACGUCAUUUUUGGGAAAAGCAAUUGAAGGCAUAUGGCAUACAGGAGUAGUUGUAUAUGACAAGGAGUACUAUUUUGGGGGUGGUAUACAACAUUCUCUGGUCGGAUCGACACCAUAUGGGACCCCAAUUCGAACGGUGGAUCUUGGGGUCACGCAUGUGCCCAAGGAUGUCUUUGAAAUGUAUUUGCAAGAGAUUGGUCCUCGAUACACAGCAGAAACGUACAGUCUGCUCACUCAUAACUGUAAUAAUUUUAGUAAUGAGGUAGCUCAAUUUUUGGUCGGCGCAACCAUUCCAGACUACAUACUGAACCUCCCCAAUGAAGUUAUGAGCAGCCCCAUGGGUGCUCUUAUAAGUAAGUUUUCAUCUCUAUACAUUAAAUGUCAUGUAGAUACAUCAUAUUUUACCCCAGUUUUUCUAGAUGAACGAUUUAGCUUAUCAAAAAUUCCAAGGUAG